AACGAAUUCCAGUACGACGUAACCUUGACGACUAUAUUCAGAAUUCUCCUGCCGACAAUCAGACAACUACUGGGUAGAAGCGGCUUGAAUACCCAAACGGGAGAUAUUUAUAAGGAGAAUCCGGAAAUAAAUACAAAGGCAUAGUCGCGAUGGCGAAAGAAAAAUCUAUAAACCCAGCGCAAGCCCAGCGCAAGGCCGAGAAAGCUAAAGCUGUCAAGAAAGGCAAAGCAGAAGCCCAAACCCGCCGCACCGAGAAGCUCGCCCGCCGCAACCCCGAACGUCUCCAAACACAGCUCUCCUCCCUCCUCGCCAUCGAGUCUUCGGGCACAAAACUUACCGCUCACGAGGUGCGAUUAAAAGAGGAGCUGGAGAAAGAUCUUAAAGCUGUCCGCAAGGCGAGGGAGACGUUGGGGGAUAAGGCGCCUGCGUUUGGACGGGGGGGUGGAGAUAGGGAGGGGAGGGAUAGGGAGGGUGGGAGAGAUGGGGGGAGGGGAGGGGGGGUGUUGGGGAAGAGGAGAAGGGAUGGGGGAAGGGGAGGAGGGGAGGAGAGUGAAAGUGAUGUCCCUGAAGAGGUAGCUGGUGUGCCGAUGCCGAGGGAUACGCCGCCACCUAUACCGAAGGAGGUGCUUGAUAAAUGGUACCAAGCGCGCCGAGACAGAUGGGCGGCGAAUAACCCGCAGCAGGCGGGUCGGGGAGGGGAGGGGAGAGGAGAGGGGAGUAGCGCGAAUGCAAUGCCACUUGGUGCGAAUGCACGCGAAGUCGGCACCGGAGGCAGGGAAGAGGAGAGGAGGAGGGUUCCCCAGCCAGUGGUGGAGGCGAAAACGGUAUACGAAGCUGCGCCGGCGAUUAGGGAUCUAAGGAAAGAAGCGGUGAGUGCGUUUGUGCCGGCGGCGGUGAGGAGGAAGAUG